GGAGAGCGCAGAGCCGCGGAGCAAGCGAGCGAGCGAGCGAGCGGGAGCCGGAGCCCCGCGCCUCCCGCUCCUCUCUCUUUCUCUCCGCGCCAGAGCCGGGCGCGCCAGGAGUUGAGCCCCUUCUCAUCUCUCUUCCUGUCUUUUCCUGGCCCUUUUUCCUGUUCCUGCUUCUCCCACUCGACCUUUGCUGCUUCUACUCUCAUCCAGUGGAGGUCCAGGUCUGCUGGGCCCAUCCUUCCCCUUCCAGGCCAUGGGAUCACUGCUAGGGCUCCUGGCACUGCUGCUACUAUGGAGCGCUGUGGCUGAGGGCCCAGCCAAGAAGGCACUGACGCUGGACGGGGACCUGGUGCUGGGAGGGCUGUUCCCGGUGCACCAGAAGGGUGGCCCGGCAGAGGAGUGUGGUCCAGUCAAUGAGCAUCGCGGCAUCCAACGCCUAGAGGCCAUGCUUUUCGCGCUGGACCGAAUCAACCGAGACCCGAGUCUGCUGCCUGGCGUGCGCCUGGGCGCGCACAUCCUCGACAGCUGCUCCAAGGACACAUACGCCCUGGAGCAGGCGCUCGACUUUGUGCGAGCCUCCCUUAGCCGUGGCACUGAUGGCUCACGCCACAUCUGCCCCGACGGCUCUUAUGCUACCCAUGGCGAUGCUCCCACUGCUAUCACUGGUGUCAUUGGCGGCUCUUACAGUGACGUCUCCAUCCAGGUGGCCAACCUCCUCCGGCUAUUUCAGAUUCCGCAGAUUAGCUAUGCCUCCACCAGUGCCAAACUGAGUGACAAGUCCCGCUAUGACUACUUUGCCCGCACUGUGCCCCCUGACUUCUUCCAAGCCAAGGCCAUGGCAGAGAUUCUCCGCUUCUUCAACUGGACCUAUGUGUCCACUGUGGCAUCUGAGGGUGACUAUGGUGAGACGGGCAUAGAGGCCUUUGAGCUAGAGGCCCGUGCCCGCAACAUCUGCGUGGCCACCUCGGAGAAAGUGGGCCGUGCCAUGAGCCAGGCGGCCUUUGAGGGCGUGGUACGAGCCCUGCUGCAAAAGCCCAGUGCCCGCGUGGCUGUCCUGUUCACCCGUUCUGAGGACGCCCGUGAACUGCUCGCUGCUACUCAGCGCCUCAACGCCAGCUUCACCUGGGUGGCUAGCGAUGGUUGGGGAGCUCUAGAGAGUGUGGUGGCAGGCAGCGAGGGGGCUGCUGAGGGUGCCAUCACCAUUGAGCUGGCCUCCUAUCCUAUCAGCGACUUUGCCUCCUACUUCCGGAGCCUGGACCCCUGGAACAACAGCCGGAACCCGUGGUUUCGCGAGUUCUGGGAGCAGAGGUUCCGCUGCAACUUCCGACAGCGGGACUGUGCAGCCCACUCAUUGAGGGCUGUGCCCUUUGAGCAGGAGUCCAAGAUCAUGUUUGUGGUCAAUGCAGUGUACGCCAUGGCCCACGCGCUGCACAACAUGCACCGUGCACUCUGCCCCAACACCACCCGCCUCUGUGACGCCAUGAGGCCUGUCAACGGGCGCCGUCUCUACAAAGACUUCGUGCUCAAUGUCAAGUUUGACGCCCCUUUCCGCCCUACUGACACCCACAGUGAGGUCCGCUUUGACCGCUUUGGCGACGGUAUUGGCCGCUACAACAUCUUCACCUACUUGCGAGCAGGUGAUGGGCGCUAUCGCUAUCAGAAAGUGGGCUAUUGGGCAGAAGGCCUGACCCUGGAUACCAGCCUUAUCCCAUGGGCUUCACCCUUGUCCGGCCCCCUGCCACCCUCUCGCUGCAGCGAGCCCUGCCUGCAGAAUGAGGUGAAGAGCGUGCAGCCAGGCGAGGUCUGCUGCUGGCUCUGCAUCCCGUGCCAGCCCUAUGAAUACCGGCUGGACGAAUUCACCUGUGCUGACUGUGGCCUGGGCUACUGGCCCAACGCCAGCCUGACUGGCUGCUUUGAGCUGCCCCAGGAGUACAUCCGCUGGGGCGAUGCCUGGGCUGUGGGGCCUGUCACCAUCGCCUGCCUGGGCGCCCUAGCCACCCUCUUUGUGCUGGGUGUCUUUGUGCGGCACAAUGCUACACCAGUGGUCAAGGCCUCAGGCCGGGAGCUCUGCUACAUCCUUCUGGGUGGUGUCUUCCUCUGCUACUGCAUGACCUUUGUCUUCAUUGCCAAGCCAUCUACAGUGGUGUGCACCUUGCGACGUCUUGGCUUAGGCACUGCCUUCUCUGUCUGCUACUCAGCUCUACUCACCAAGACCAACCGCAUUGCGCGAAUCUUUGGUGGGGCCCGGGAGGGUGCCCAGCGGCCACGCUUCAUCAGUCCUGCCUCACAGGUGGCCAUCUGCCUAGCGUUGAUCUCAGGCCAGCUGCUCAUUGUGGCUGCCUGGUUGGUGGUAGAAGCCCCGGGCACAGGCAAGGAGACAGCCCCUGAGCGGCGGGAAGUGGUGACCCUACGCUGCAACCACCGUGAUGCAAGCAUGCUGGGCUCACUGGCCUACAAUGUGCUCCUCAUUGCACUCUGCACUCUCUAUGCCUUCAAGACCCGCAAGUGCCCAGAGAACUUCAACGAGGCCAAGUUCAUCGGCUUUACCAUGUACACCACCUGCAUCAUCUGGCUUGCCUUCCUGCCUAUCUUCUAUGUCACCUCCAGUGACUACAGGGUGCAGACUACCACCAUGUGUGUGUCAGUCAGCCUCAGUGGCUCCGUGGUGCUUGGCUGCCUCUUUGCACCCAAGCUGCACAUCAUCCUCUUCCAGCCACAGAAGAACGUGGUCAGUCACCGUGCACCCACAAGCCGCUUCAGCAGCUCCGCUGCCAGGACGGGCUCCAGCAUCGGUCAAGGGUCCGGCUCCCAGUUUGUCCCCACUGUUUGCAACGGCCGCGAGGUGGUAGACUCCACGACCUCAUCACUUUGAGGAUCCCACACCUCUGCCC